GCUGGUCAUUUAUGUGUCUUGUGCACAAACAUUCCUCAGCUAUGCCUGUUUAUGUAGGCAAUACUGCCUGUAACCAAGGCAUUUAAUGCAGGUGCUGCUGGGAUUUGAACUGCAGUGUCACUGUAUACUGCAAAAUGACAGGCAGAAAUACAUUGGCAAGUGCCAGUCCUUGGGAGUCUUGUACUGUGUCUGCCCUUACUGGGAGUUACCUUUGAUCUCUUCCAGGUUUAGAUGCCCUCUCAAGUGAAGUUUGCAUUAGCAGUAGGAAGCACUUGUGAGGCACAGAGCCUUGCAGUGUGUAGCUUGAAGCUGCCAGCAGAGCUGUGUGGACAGCAGCAGUAUGAAAAGGCUAAUGAGCAAGUUCAGCUCUGGCCAGAUCUGCUUUGAUACAAGUGUACAGGUGCCCAUAAUUGUUCCUUUAUGGCCUGAGUUCAUCCACCUGGCCUGGAGUUAUAUUUGACCCAUGAAAUCUGCCUGUUUUGCUGCAAACCACUGGUCUUGGACCUCCUAUAGCUUCAGCAACAGUUUGCUUGGGAAAGUUAUACAUACAGUUAUAUUAAGCUCCUAAAUUUGUCCAGCUCCACUCUAACAUAAAGGUUUUUUCCUCUUGUUGCUGGAGGAGACAGUACCUUUAGUACUAAUUUACAGUGAAUAUUCUCUCAACUGUGCCAUGCUAUGCCUUAAGGCCACUGUUUAGUUGCAGGAGUGGGUGAUCACAGAAGUCUGAAGGCUUGGGCCACUCUAGGGCUUCCUAUAAACUGGGUGUUGUGCUCUGCUUUCAGCACCCUGUCACAGCUCGUUGUUUUGUGCUUUAAGAGAAGCAGGUAUAUAAAGACAGUGAUUCACAGUUUUUCCAUAUGUAGAGAUUUUAAACCCCAAAUUCUAAAGAGACUGUUAGCUUGCUUUUGUGUAGGGGUUUUUAUAAGGAUAUAUGUUAAAGGGAAUUAUGGGAUUGAAUGCUAGGACAUAAUUUUAUUUACACCUAAAUAUUUAUAACUCCUUUGGAGGUGCUGAACAAUCAACAUUCCUCAUAGCUUUUGUAAGGUGUCAGCUUCUCUCCUUGUUACAGAAAUGCUUGCUUUUAAAUUACAGUUAAUGAUGUUUUAUCUCAAAAGGGUUUUCAAGUGUUUUUUAUGAGCUAUGGGGACCUUAAAAUUGAAUUCUCUUUUGCAGGGUAGAACACUCCUUAGGGACACUUGAGUCGAGAAUUACCAUUCCAAAACACUUACAUGACAGCACUGUAUACAAUGUUAUGAGAGUUGUAGGAGUCUUAAAGUAAAAUGAAAGUGAUCAGAGCAGCCUUGGUGUGUGUGAUAGUGUAGCACUUGCACUGAGGCAGGGCUAGGCCCAUCCAGCUCAUUGUGCACCGUUCCAGCGCUGUUUGCUGCUGCCUGCUUUGGGGACUUCCAAUCCCAGUUAGUUCUAAACUAGCAGCUUAAUUAUGGUUUUCAUCAUGGGGAAGGAAUAAUGGGUUCGGCAGAUAUGGCUCAGAAAUCCUAAAAAAUGGAGUCUAUAAUGUAGGCAUUUUUUUUCUUAAAGCAGGAGAGAUGUAAGGGAAGAAGGCCUGGGUCCUUCUGCGUAUUUUUUCCUGUCAAUUAAAAUACUUCUAGAAAAAUACGUUCCAUUCCUUUCUGCACACCCUCAGCAUGCAUUACAUUUGUAGCUAAGGCAAAGCUCUGAGGGGGAUCAUGGCAGCCGCAGCAGAGCUCGGCUCCACCAGAGGUGUCCUUGGCCUCCGGCGUGAACCACCCGGUACCGAUGCACGGAACCGAGUCAGAGUCUAGAAAAUGAAGCUAAAAGAAAUUGAGCGAACAGCUGUGCAGGCAUGGAGUCCGGCAAACAACCACCCUAUUUACCUAGCAACAGGAACAUCUGCCCAACAGCUGGAUGCAUCCUUCAGUACAAAUGCCACCUUGGAAAUAUUUGAGGUUGACUUCAGGGAUCCCUCCCUGGAUAUGAAGCAGAAAGGAGCACUUCCUGCCUCAAACAGGUUUCAUAAGCUGAUCUGGGGGAACUUUGGAAAUGGGUCUGCGGAGUCCUCUGGAGUGAUCAUUGGUGGAGGGGAUAACGGAGUCCUGACAAUGUACAGCGUGCACCGCAUCUUGGCUUCAAAGGGAGACCCUGUCAUGGCGCAGACAGAGAAGCAUUCAGGUCCUGUUCGAGCCCUUGACUUCAACCCUUUUCAGAGUAAUCUCUUGGCUUCCGGAGCCAAUGAUUCUGAAAUUUUCAUCUGGGACUUGAAUAAUUUCAGUGUGCCUAUGACUCCAGGGACUAAAUCACAGCCGCAUGAAGACAUCAGUGUGGUGUCCUGGAAUCGGCAGGUGCAGCAUAUCCUGUCCUCCGCUCACCCCAGCGGCAAGGCUGUGGUUUGGGACCUCAGGAAGAAUGAGCCCAUCAUCAAAGUCAGUGACCACAGCAACAGAAUGCAUUGCUCAGGAAUGGCCUGGCAUCCAGAAGUUGCAACCCAGCUAGUCCUUUCCUCUGAGGAUGACCGGUUGCCAGUGAUCCAAAUAUGGGACUUACGCUUUGCUACCUCUCCUCUUAGCCAGCUAGAAGGGCACACCAGGGGAGUUCUCUCUGUUUCUUGGUGCCAGGCUGACCCUGAACUGCUGUUGAGUAGUGCCAAAGACAACCGGAUCUUGUGCUGGAACCCAAGUCUGGGGGAGGUGGUGUAUGAGUUGCCCAUUCGGAGUCAGUGGUGCUUUGAUGUCCAGUGGUGUCCUAGGAAUCCUUCAGUCUUCUCUGCUGCCACUUUUGAUGGGUGGAUCAACAUUUAUUCUGUUAUGGGUGGGAACUUAGAAGCUCAGCAGAAGACACAGGCUGACAAGAUCUCUUCCUCCUUCAACAACCUGGAUCCCUUUGGCACAGGACAGAGCCUUCCUCCUCUGCAGGUGCCAGAGCAAGUAACUCAGACCACCUUGAUUCCACCAUUAAAAAAGCCACCCAAGUGGAUUCGCAGACCUGUGGGGGUUUCAUUUGCAUUUGGAGGAAAACUGAUUACCUUUGGUCUUACCAAAACUCCUGGACAGCAAAUGCAGCAGACUUAUCCACACCAGGUAUUCAUCAGUCAAGUCACUACUGAAACUGAAUUCCUACUCCGAUCCAAAGAACUGCAGAUGGCCUUACAGUCAGGGAACCUCCUUGAUUACUGCCAGGGCAAGAUCCAGACAGCCAAGCUGCCAUUUGAUGAGAACCUUUGGAACUUCUUGAAGGUGAAUUUGGAGCAGGAGUCAAGGACUAAACUUCUUAAGCUGCUGGGCUACAGUAAAGAGGAUCUCCAAAAAAAGAUUGCCUCAUGUUUGAGUAAUGGGAUCCCAGAUAAACAGCCCCUUCCUGAGGCAGGUGAUAAAAAUGCUGCACCAGAUCAGCUUUUGAUGAAUUCCAGCGAUGAUGUAGCUGCUGUUUCUUCCUCUUCAGCCUUUUUUGAUAACCUCAUCCCACAGAAUAUGAGCACAUUGGAGAUUCCUGUCACAGAAGAUACAGAUGGACUCAUCAGCCAAGCCCUUUUGUUGGGAAAUUUUGAGGGUGCAGUGGAGCUGUGCAUGCGAGCAGAGCGCUUUGCUGAUGCCAUCAUCUUAGCUAUAGCUGGUGGGGAUAACCUCCUAAAGGAAACCCAGAAGCGCUACUUUGCCAAGCAGAAAACAAAUCUCUCUGUGCUGCUUUCCUCCAUUGUGCAGCAGAACUGGCAAGAUAUUGUUUGCACGUGUGAUUUACAGAGCUGGAAGGAGGCACUGGCCAUCUUGUUAACAUACUCAAAGCAUGAAGACUACACUCAGCUCUGUGACAUGCUGGGUGCCCGCCUGGAGUCAGAGGGAGAUGCAGCCCUGUCCAAUGAUGCCUGCCUUUGCUAUAUCUCAUCAGGCAAUGUGGAGAGGCUGGUGGAAUGCUGGGUAAAAAACCAUGAGACUUCAUCACCACUUGCCCUACAGGAUCUUAUAGAGAAGGUGAUGGUGCUGAGCAGGUCCACUGAGAUGCUCCAAGGCACAGCAGGACCAGCACCAGGCCCUGUCUUGGCAGAAAGAAUCACCCAGUAUGCCAAUCUCCUGGCAUCACAAGGAUGCUUGGCAGCUGCAAUGAAUUACCUACCCAGCAGCUCUAAAGAGCACCUGAUUGAACAGCUCCGAGACCGGCUCUUUCAUGCUCAAGGAGAGAAUGUGGGUAAUCAGCAGCCACCCCCUUUUCCCUACACUCGUGUCAAUGUAGGGGUCGUUAAACCCACAGCAGCCAAGGGUGGUUCCAUCCUUGAAGGAGCAGCCCACAAAGCAGGUCCCAGAUACCCAGAGAAGCCCAACUUUCCGUCAUCAUUUGCCCCUUCAGCCCCAUCUCAGCCUUCAGUGCCUUCCCUCUUCACGCCUCAGCCAGUGCCAACGAUGUCUGUGACACCUCACCACGUUGCCCCUCCCCAGGCCAGCACGGGUCCACAAACAAGUGUCUAUUCCAGAGGGCACCCAUAUCCACAGUACAACUUGGGCUUGAAUCCAGCAACUGUCUCAGGGCCAGCUGUGUCACAGUCUCAGCCAUUUGGACCAGUGGGAGUCAGACCUGUUGGUCCUGCUCCUUUCUCCAGCCAGUCCCCUCUGCCAGGACAGUUGAUGCCCAUGACAUCUCCUGGUGUUCCAGCACCCAGACCUGCCCUCUUCACUCCAGCUUCAGUCCCAUCAUCUCAGCUUACUGCAGCCUGUCCUCUCCCUGUGGCAAGCCAGUCUCCUCUAGACUUCUCUUCAGCACCUUUCAGCUGCCCCAUGAACAUGGGUUAUCCUCAGGGAGGUCCUGGAGCUCCAUCUACUAAACCACUGCCAGCAGCCAUUCCUCCUCCUCCCACAGGUUUCUUCCCUUGGCUAGAUCCCCACACGGAUCAUGCAGCUCAGGAAUCUUGGAGUGAUCCCUCUACUGGAAGAGGAGGCCUUCAAAAGAAAAAGUUGCCUGAGAAAUUUACUCCUCUGGCCCCCAUCACAGCUCCAGUAAUGGGCAUGGCUGCUGAACCCCAAGGGAUCCAUCCUCAGCUAUCCAGGUUGCAAGAAUCUGGCCAGUCACCCCCAGGAGCACCCAAGGAAGGCAGUCUACAGUAUCACCAGCUACCUGGGGAAAGCAUUGAGAGGAAGGAGCUGCCCCCUGAGCACCAGGCUUUGAAGGCCACGUUUGAAGGGUUGGUGCAACGCUGCUCGGCUGUUGCCACUGAUCCAAAAACGCGAAGGAAGCUGGAGGACGUGUUGCAACGGCUAGAGUGUUUGUAUGAGAAGCUGCGCGAGCAGGCGCUCUCUCCAACCAUCCUCAUGGGUCUCCACGAAAUUGCCCGAUGCAUUGAGGCUAAGAACUACCCACAGGGUCUCCUGGUUCACACCCAAGUUGUGAGCAGCAGCAGUUUCAGUGAGGUGUCUGGUUUCAUGCCCAUCCUGAAGGUCCUCAUGACCAUAGCAGGCAAGCUGAAUGUGUAAAGUGUGGAGCAGCUGGAACAGUGCACACCAGGAGCUGGUGGACUGCCUCACCUGUUGACGUGCUGCAGGUUGUGGACUCUCCUUCUGACUCUGGAGAAAUAGGUCUGUGCCAGUGCCUGGAACUGUGCUAAGCCAGCACGCCUGGCCCCAUCCACUUCCAGACAGCCCACUGGUGCCUGCAUCUUCUGGAGACUGUUCUUUCUCUCUUCUUUCUUACUAUUCUGAGGCCACUUUUCAGCCUAGGGAUCUCAAUUUCAGGCUGUCCAGGUUGCACAGAGGUCUUUCUUCUUCCCUAUAUCCCCAGCACAAAGGGGAAAUUUUUCCCUUCUAGGCUGACGUUGCUUUUUAUUUUUCAGGAAACAAACAGGGCUGGUACCUGCAGCACCACCACAGAAGAGCCUCAAGCUCUAUUCCCUGCUGCAGAGUAAACUUCCUGGUGGUAGCUGGGCUGCCUUGGGAACCUAGGCUGGUGUGUCACUCUGCUGGGCUGCAGCAAGGAUCUCUCCUGGCUCCUUCUUUCUCUUCAUUCUCAUCCUUGACUCACCCUUUCACCUCUCUGUACCCAUAUCCUGCUACAGCUGGGGCUAACUACUAGUCUACUCUGGGCCAGCUUUGGUUUUCUUUCUUCUUCACCCAGCUCUCUUGUUUUUAGAAGUCAAGUCUCCUGUUUACCCUCUAUCCACCUUCCUUUAUAUCUUUUCCCCCAUCAUCUGCCGGCUCAAGCCCAUAAUGUUUCAGAUCCAGGGAUGAUAUCCCUUUCCAGUUCCUGGGACUCUCCCAUUCAGGAAUGUUGGCAGGUUGUGCUCUGUGUGCUUCUCCCCAGAGCCAGUCACAUCCUGUCUUGGGGCUAAAAGCUGCCCCUUCUGGUUCUUGGCCUUUUUCACUUCUUUUACUUUAGCACAGCUGGACUUUUACCUACUGGUAUUAUCUAAAGGCUUCCUACUUCAGGUUUUUCAGAUGGUCUAGGGAUUUUAAGAGCAGACUUGUUUAAGUCCCUUAAAGAUUUCCCUUGAGCUACCCUGACCAGCCCAGACUUGAGCAGAGAGAGACAGCUCAUUGCUACAGGUAUGGUGCAUUCAUACUACCUACAGUUACAGAUACAUGCAGAGGUGGUUCUUAAAGGCCCAUUGGCACUAUGGUGGAAGGAAUAUGCUGCAGGAGGUGAUCCUGUCAGGACUUGAAGAUAUGGAUUGUGCUGAGACUUGUCAUCACUGUGGCAAUUCCUCUGGAAGUAGAUGGAUGAAGCAUAUCUGUCCUGAGGAAGAAGUCUGGGAAGGCAAAUGGGAUCUUAGGGCACAUCUUUGUGUGUGUUUAUUUCCCUCUCUUCCUCCCUCCUUGCCUUCUCUCUCAACAUCCUUCUUACUAACCAGGCAGCAUAACCAUUGAUCCAUAACUGAGAGCAAAGCUUAUUCCCAAGAUUUGGAUGCAGCCAGCUCCUAUUUGCUCUUCUUGCUGCUUGAGUGAUAAUGUUAUCGUGGGCCUGCGGUUCAGUGACAUACACGAAUCAACCUAGUCUACCAUGAGACUUAGGAGGGAGGAGAAUCAGAGAAGGGAGGAAGAGGACAUGUCUCAUUGACUUCUUUCCAGGUCAAAGUGCCUCCUUGUUGCUGCUGUGUUGUUUCUAUUGCUGCGGUUUGAUGCACUGAGAAAUUACAGAACAGUGAAAUAAAAGCUUGUGUUUUGUGA